AUGGUAAAAGUGGGCAUCUUUGUUCUGGACAUUGUUGUCAAAGGAGGUGGGUUUACAGGUCUGGAGCUGUCUCGCUGUGUAGGCACCGGCUCCCUGGGCCCUCCUGUUCCUUGGAGGUCAGGGGGGCCCUGUAAGAUGAAGAGGAUCCGCACCGUCUUCAAGCCGGAGCAGCUGGAGAGGCUGGAGCAGGAGUUUCUCAAGCAGCAGUACAUGGUGGGCACAGAACGCGUGGACCUGGCAGCCACCCUGCACCUCACAGAGACUCAGGUGAAAGUCUGGUUCCAGAACCGGAGGAUCAAAUGGAGGAAGCAGAGCCUGGAGCAGAAGAAAGCGAAGCUGUCCCAGUUUGGAGCGCCGCCGCCUGUCUCCGCUGACUUGACAGACCCCAAGGACACCGAGGAGGAUGCGGUGGACAUUGAGCUUUAAGUGACUCAAACGCUUCCUGCUAUGGUGUGGUAGGAAGUUGGUGCCCAUGUUCAGGGAGCGAUGGAUAGAGGAAGCUACUGGGGCAUGCAGGGAGCUCCGGCUGGCCUCGGUGCUCCUCUGGGUCACUGAAUGGCCGGGUUGAAUUCUGCGGAUACAGGGUUACGUUUGGGAUGAGUCCAUGGUAUGCAAUGCCCCCUGCCCGGCAGCCUCACGCUGCCAUCCCUGGAGCUUGUCCUGUUGCAUUGCCAGCUCCCAUGACAAGGCGGCGGGGGAUAAGUCUGGCUAACUCAUGAGCGUGUCUUCUUUUCAGCCGAACAGGGAAGCACAGACCCUCUCCCGCAGAACGUCUAGAGAACGAGUCCGCCCCUUGGAGAGUUCAAAUCCCCAUCUGGACACCUGUGCGUGCAAAGCCAUUGCGUUGUAUCAAUGCCAAUGAGCUGCUAGAGAGCAAAGCCCUGGAAGCAGGGGGUGGGGGGCAGUAGGAAUCCAGCGUGGUAUUUUCCCUGUUUUUUUCCCCUGGCUGACUCUGUGUCUACAUGUGAUGUUCAGGUCUCAAAAAAAACCCAAACCAAAACAAAAAAGGGCUUUGCUGAAUUUGCAAUAAAAUAAGUGGGCUGUGACAGAGCUUGGGCAGAACGAGCAGCAGGCCAAAAUCCAGGGCCCUGAUUGCUUCAGCAGGAGCUUUGCCGCAGGCCCAAUCCUGCUGCUCGUUUGUGCUGGACCCAAUCCUGACCUGGUAUACAGCGGCGUACCUCCACCAGCCUUCGAGGAGUUUCCUGUGAUCAGGCCCAUCACUAGGAGACUGCAGGAUUGGGCCCUAAGUGAGGGCAUUUUUGGUGCCAUGAUUAAUUUUCUCAGAAAGCCGUAAGUGCCUCGGGCUUAGAGCAGCGGUUCUCAACCAG